CCGCGCCGAGAUGCAGCGCAGGUGAGCGGCUGCGAGGUCAAGGGGUGUCCCACGCUACCGCUACGUCUCUGCUCUGGCCCCGGGUCUGCGGGCAGGAGCCCCUCCAGCCCUCGCUCCCAUUGCCCCGAGCCAAUGCGGAGUGGCCGGAUCGCUGCGAGGAUUAUUUUACACUGAACUGAUCAAAUACUUUGAAAAUGACUUCAAAGCUCCCCUGGGUGUCCUUCAUACUCGCUGCAUUAAUACCUUCGAUUACAUUUUCUCUCAAACCUGACCAGGAAAAGGUUCUUCUGGUUUCAUUUGAUGGAUUCCGUUGGGAUUACUUAUAUAGAGUUCCAACACCCCAUUUUCAUUAUGUUAUGAAAUAUGGUGUUCGUGUGAAGCAAGUUACUAACAUUUUCAUUACAAAGACCUACCCUAACCAUUAUACUUUGGUAACUGGCCUCUUUGCAGAGAAUCAUGGGAUUGUUGCCAAUGACAUGUUUGAUCCUAUUCUGAACAAAUCUUUCUCCUUGGAUAACAUGAAUAUUUACAAUUCUGAGUUUUGGGAAGAAGCAACACCAAUAUGGAUCACAAAUCAGAGGGCAGGACAUACUAGCGGGGCAGCCAUGUGGCCUGGAACAGAUGUAGAAAUACAUAAGAGCUUUCCUACUCACUACAUGCCUUAUAAUGAGUCCAUUUCAUUUGAAGAUAGAGUUGCCAAAAUUAUUGAAUGGUUUACAUCAGAGGAGCCCAUAAAUCUUGGUCUUCUCUAUUGGGAAGAGCCUGACGACACAGGCCACAGUUUGGGGCCUGACAGCCCGCUCAUGGGGCCUGUCAUUGCAGAUGUUGACAAGAAGUUAGGGUAUCUCAUACAGAUGCUGAAGAAGGCAACGGUGUGGGACCGUCUGAACCUAAUCAUCACAAGUGACCAUGGAAUGAGCCAGUGUUCUGAGGGAAGGGUGAUAGAACUAGACCAGUAUCUGGCUAAAGACCACUAUAGCCUGAUAGACCAGUCUCCAGUAGCAGCUAUCUUGCCAAAGGAAGGGAAGUUUGAUGAAGUCUAUGAAGCACUAGCUUAUGCGCAUCCUAAUCUUACUGUUUACAAAAAAGAAGAGAUUCCUGAACAAUGGCAUUAUAAAUACAACAGGAAAGUUCAGCCAAUCAUAGCAGUGGCUGACGAAGGAUGGCACAUCGUGCAGAAUAAGUCAGAUGGCUUUCUGUUAGGCAACCAUGGUUAUGAUAACGCAUUAGCAGAAAUGCACCCAAUCUUUUUAGCCCACGGGCCUGCCUUCAAAAAGAAUUUCACCAAAGAAGCCAUGAACUCCACCGAUCUGUACCCACUGCUCUGCCACCUCCUCAAUAUCACUGCCAUGCCACACAAUGGAUCAUUCAGGAAUGUCCAGGAUCUGCUCAGUUCAACAACUCCAAGAGCAAUUCCUUACACGCAGAGCACUACACUCCUCCAUGGUGGUGUCAAACCAAGAGAAUAUGAACAAAAUGAGUCAUAUGCUUAUUUCAUAGGGGUCUCUCUCGGUAGCAUUUUAGUUAUUGUAUUUUUUAUAAUCCUUGUUAAGCAUUUAAUUCGCAGUCAGAUCCCUGCCUUACCAGAUAUGCAGGCUGAAAUAGUUCAACCAUUGUUGCAAGCCUAAUGCUUCCUUGAGGUGGAGAUUGUAUAAUUAUGUCAGUAUUUAGAGGUUUCAGAUUCUAGGAACCCGGUUCCUGAUGUUUGCACAGACCAUUAGGCAGUUGCAUACAUACACAGGCACAAUAACAUACACACACACGGGCGGACCAAAAUACACAUAUUUGCAGAGGAUUAACUAUGUGGAAAUGUGUUUGUGUUGUUCUUUCUAGUUUAGGGUAGAUAAGUUCCUGCCAUAUUUGGACUUGGCACAUAUAAUGUACAUAUUUAGCAACUUUGCACCACUUAAAGUAGCUUACAUAUUGCACUUUCAAUUAUGCUUCUGGUAGGUACUUUUAUGCACUUUAUGGACGGUUAUGUCUUAUAACUUGGUUGAAAAAGACAACCUUCUGUAUCCAUGUCACAGAAUCCUUGCUACCUAUUCUUUGAACUGAAUGAAAUUUCUAAUAAUUCCUAAAUAAUGUAGAAGUCUAUCUCAAAUUGGGAGAGCAAGAAGAAAGAACUGUUGAAAAUUAAACAUGACAUCCUUUGAACAUUGAAUUUCAGAGAGAUGCAUUCCCAACAGAAUGAUACAUCUGGUAUUCCCUGUCAGGUUUCAUUUUAAAGGUCAUGUCUUUUCAUUUUAUUUUUCAAAAAAAGAUUGAAAUACAGAUUAAUUCUAACCAUGUUUUUUCUGUCAUAAAAUUCAUUAUUGCUACUUCCUGGUAAGUUGUUUUACUCUGAUUUUUGUAAUAAUGAAGACAUCAUGAAUAUACAUUUCUUCCCUAUGUAGUCUAGCACUGGUCUGAACAGAAGAGAUUGCAUACCAUCUCAGCAGUGUUUUCUCUUAAAUAAUAUAGCUUCUUUGAAAAUUAAAUCACUGUUGCAUUAAAAAUCUAAUUAGGUAAAAUAA